AUGAGAGAUGAACAUCUGACGCUGCUCGAUAUCAUGGAGAGAGACAUUCCGCACGCCGAGUUUCGCAUUCUUAUCUGCUUGUCAUACCGCCCUGGUCUCCAGUUUUCGGGUUCAAGAGCGUCAUUGGCACGCUGUGGGAAGGUCAACGAUGCUGUCGCAAAACACCACGUCGUUGAAGCGUUCUACAAAUAUAUGUUCAUGGAUUUGAAGGAUGGUGCCGGUAGUGUGAUGGACUGCUACGAGGGCGGCCUGGGCCCUCAACCGUGCUACACAUGCGGUGAAGACGAAAGGUUGCCGCUCGAGCAGAGGAUG